AUGGCGCGUGAUGCUUCCGGAAACUUCGCUCGCUGCCUCAACCCGUCCACUUCACUGCUUCACUUCUUGGCGCUUCGGAGUUUAAUGUCGCUCUCGUAUCACAACAUUGAUAUUGGCAACGGAGUGCUUCGAGGAGAAAUAUCCGAUGCCGAUGGUUUUCCGGACGCUGCUGCCUCUAGACUGAUUCUGGAACUAAAUAUGGCUGGCGGAGAUGCCGACAUACUCGAUCAGAUUGUUGCUUUCAAGACUUUGCCAACGAGGGACACUCAUGUAGCAGAGGUCACAGGAGAAACAGAAGCCGAAGGAAAAACAGAAGCCACAUGGGGAAUAGAAGUCACAGGAGAAACGGAUGUCACGGGAGAAAUAAAGAUCAAAGGAAAAACAGAAGGCAUAGGAGAAACAGAAGCCACAUGGGAAACAGAAACUUCAGGACAAACAGAAUCCACAUGGGAAACACAAACCACAAGGGAAACAGAAACUUCAGGACAAACAGAAGUCACAGGGGAAACACAAACCACAAGAGAAACAGAAAUUUCAGGACAAACAAAAGCCACAUGGGAAACACAAACCGCAAUGGAAACAGAAACUUCAGGAGAAGCAGAAACCACAUGGGAAACACAAACCACAAGGGAAACAGAAACUUCAGGACAAACAGAAGUCACAGGGGAAACACAAACCACAAGAGAAACAGAAAUUUCAGGACAAACAAAAGCCACUUGGGAAACACAAACCGCAAUGGAAACAGAAACUUCAGGAGAAGCAGAAACCACAUGGGAAACACAAAUCACAAGGGAAACAGAAACUUCAGGGCAAACAGAAGCCACAGGGGAAACACAAACCACAAGAGAAACAGAAACUUCAGGGCAAACAGAAGUCACAGGGGAAACACAGACCACAAAAGAAAUAGAAAUUUCAGGACAAACAAAAACCACUGGGGAAACAGAAACCACAGGAAAAGCAGAAACUUCAGGAGAAGCAGAAACCAAAGAAGAAACAGGGUCCUACAGUAAUUAUGACAGAAUACCUAUUAACGCGAUCCUGAACACAAGCCAGGGUUACGUGUCACAUCCUCAACACACGAAUCCAGGAGAUGGAAAACACAGAACGGAGAAAGAGCCUCUUCCUGUCUCUUCUCUGAUUGUCACAAGUGGCCUUUUCCCUGUGUCCUCCUAUGCGACGCCCACGUACGAUCCCUUCCCCGUCUCUCCUGUGACGCCCACAGAUGAUCCUGUCCCUGAUUCUUACUCUUUGUCUCCCACAGAUGAUUCCGUCCCUGUCUCUUCCUUUCUGAAUCCCACAGACAAUCCGGACUCUGACUCUCUCCCCAUAACUCCCACAGAAGAUCCGGUCCCUAUCUCUCUUCUGACUUCCAUAGAUGAUCCUAUACCUAUAUCUUCUCCUUUAACCCCCUUAAAGGCUUCUGUUCCUGUCUCUCCUCCCCUGACUUCCCCUAUAAUUCCCACAAAUGCGCCUAUCCUUGUCUCUCCUCUGGCACCCACAGAUGAUUCUUUCCUCGUCUCAUCUCCUGUGACUCCCGUAGAUGUUACUGUACUUGGUUCUCCUCCUCUUUUUCCCACGGAAGAUCCUGUUCCUAUCUCUCCUCUGAUUGUCACAAGUGGCCUUUUCCCUGUGUCCUCCUAUGCGACGCCCACGUACGAUCCCUUCCCCGUCUCUCCUGUGACGCCCACAGAUGAUCCUGUCCCUGAUUCUAACUCUUUGUCUCCCACAGAUGAUUCCGUCCCUGUCUCUUCCUUUCUGAAUCCCACAGAAGAUCUUGCCCUUGUCUCUCUUCCUCUUAUUCCCACAGAAGAGCCUCUUCCUGUCUCUUCUCUGAUUGUCACAAGUGGCCUUUUCCCUGUGUCCUCCUAUGCGACGCCCACGUACGAUCCCUUCCCCGUCUCUCCUGUGACGCCCACAGAUGAUCCUGUCCCUGUUUCUCCCACAGAAGAUCUUGCCCUUGUCUCUCUUCCUCUUAUUCCCACAGAAGAGCCUCUUCCUGUCUCUUCUCUGAUUGUCACAAGUGGCCUUUUCCCUGUGUCCUCCUAUGCGACGCCCACGUACGAUCCCUUCCUGUCCUUUUCCUCUAACUCCUUCAACCAUGACUGCCACAGACGAUCCUUUCCCUUCCACUUCUCCUAUGACCCUAUCCCUGUCUCUUCCCUUCUUACUCCACCUCUUCCUGUCUCUUCUCUGAUUGUCACAAGUGGCCUUUUCCCUGUGUCCUCCUAUGCGACGCCCACGUACGAUCCCUUCCCCGUCUCUCCUGUGACGCCCACAGAUGAUCCUGUCCCUGUUUCUCCCACAGAAGAUCUUGCCCUUGUCUCUCUUCCUCUUAUUCCCACAGAAGAGCCUCUUCCUGUCUCUUCUCUGAUUGUCACAAGUGGCCUUUUCCCUGUGUCCUCCUAUGCGACGCCCACGUACGAUCCCUUCCCCGUCUCUCCUGUGACGCCCACAGAUGAUCCUGUCCCUGUUUCUCCCACAGAAGAUCUUGCCCUUGUCUCUCUUCCUCUUAUUCCCACAGAAGAGCCUCUUCCUGUCUCUUCUCUGAUUGUCACAAGUGGCCUUUUCCCUGUGUCCUCCUAUGCGACGCCCACGUACGAUCCCUUCCCCGUCUCUCCUGUGACGCCCACAGAUGAUCCUGUCCCUGUUUCUCCCACAGAAGAUCCAGUCCCAACUACCCCAUAA